CAGCGGUCCUCAGGCUUACCAUGCCAGACGCAAGAUACUUCCUACGGACCACGGUUGACGCUUACCCUUAGCGUGAAGACCUGCGGCGCAUGAUUUACCUGCGACUCGGGUUCGUCUAGGUCGGUUAUAAGGAAUACAGAGUUUGCUGGCUGGACAAUUGAUCCACCAUGGUCAAGCAUACUCGCGUCGUAAACUAUCACUCCCUUGGAAAUCGCGGGUAUCUACCUGGUCUUUGCGACUCUAGCCUUCAAGGUUCUCUACAGGCUUCUGGUCUCCCCAUGGGACAGAGCUACGAGGGACAAGACCUGGAGACGCGUCGUCAGCCACUACAGCGUGCACUACCUUACGCACUUGAACAUCGCCCAGCUCCAGUACAGUUUUCGGGAACUCGUACGACUGUCUAUGUUGGGUACACGAAGAAGAUUGGUGUUCCGAUGAACGUUGAGGAACUCGACCUUGGUGCUAAGAUCAUGUGGGUUGGUCCCAAGAACCCUAAACGCGUCAACAUUUUCCUUCACGGCGGUGCUUUCCUCGUCCAUGCUCCCGCUGAAGGAUAUCCUUUCUGGCGAUGGAUGCAAGGCCAGAUGAAGAACAGGGGUCUCGAUGUUGGCUUGUGCGCCCUGUCCUACGCUCUCCACCCCGAAGGCGACUACCCCCUCCCUCUCCGCCAACUUGUCGUCAUGCUCAACCACCUCAUCGCCAGCGGAGUCCCCCCAGAAGGCAUAACCAUGGUCGGCGAAUCCGCCGGUUCGAACCUGAUCCUCAUGCUCCUCUCACACAUGCUGCACCCCAUCCCCGGCGUCGAACCCUUCGUCCUCCCGCCCGGCACCAAGCUCGGCGGCGGGUACCUCCUCUCCCCCUGGAUCUCCGUCGGCGGCACCGAUGUCCCCAACUCGUUCGAAGAGAACAACCACACCGACAUCACCAGCGCCGAUACCCUCCGCGAAUGGGGUGCCCCCAUCCUCAAGGCCGUCCCGCCCUCGCAGAUUCCGUACAUGGAGGCCUCGCAUGCUCCCCAGGGCUGGUUCGACGGUGCGGAGAACUUGAUCAACAAGCUCCUCAUCACCGUUGGUGAAUUCGAGCCGUUGAGGGACUCCAUCGUCACUCUGUAUGAGAAGCACUUCAAGUCGUGGCCCAAGGAUCGCGUGACGUAUUGUUUCCAGCCGGGUGGGAACCAUAAUGAUCCGUACUAUGACUUCUUUUGGGGUGCGAACCCCUCCGAGUUUGCUAGUAGCUUGACUCCGACGGUCGUACAGUGGAUGUAUGAUGUUCACUCCCAGGUAAACUGAAUGGUAUAAGCACGAACCACAAAUUGCAUACCGCUCCAAUAAUACUCGCACGUUACAACUACUCUACUUAUUCAUUCCAUACUACAUAGAUUCAAACUGUCCGUACACUGAUUAGCUCGCGCUCAAACAAAUAACAUCGCCGUCUUCACUGAACGU